AUGGAUUCUUGGUUUAAAUUGAUCAUUGCAACCUGUGAGGCUGCCAGGGCAAAAGACGUCUUCGGUAAGCACGUCGACUCGGUACUGAACAAGUCAGCAAAAAUCAGAAACCUGAUUAGUGACCUUCAAAAGAAUUACCCUACGGAUGACACGGCGAUGAAGGCAGUUGCUGCUCUCAACAACGACCUCGCAACUCUGGACAAUGAGUUCAACAAGCUGUCAGAACAUGUGGCUUCAGGUGAACGAGAUGAUCACCACAAAGAGUGCACCAAGAUUGCCCAGAUGGAAGCCAAGAUUCGGACGGCGAAGAAGCACUUCAAGAAGCCUGAGGUCGCCUGGGAAGAUCUGCAAAGCGCUUUGCGGCCAAUGUCGGCGAAGGCCAGCAGCGUCAGCCAAAUACGUACGGCUGAAGCCGUUGCUUCGGACAUGGGUGAAGAGAGGGCAGUGGAGCUGACAGACAGCUCCACCAGGGACACGGAGAGCUUACGUGAAGAAGCAACCAAAAACUUGGAGGACUACAAAACAGCAGCGAAUGGUCGUUUGGAUGGCCAUGAUGAGGAAAACCUUCAGAUGCGCACUGCCCUGAUGGAGGUCGAAAAUCUUGCGACUCGACGAGUAGAUUGGGUCAUCAAGGAUGCAUCCAAGCGUUUGCGCCCAAACAGCGCCAGCAAAGCAAGUUUGCACACCAGCUGGUUUUCGCCCAAGUUCGACAUGGCAGGUGUGCAUGGCUUGCAGUUGGAGUUGCAACUCUUUAGGCCUUCAGAUUGGGGAGCUGAUGGCGAAUCAUCUGGAGAUGUUGCCAUCUACCUGUGGGCGUGCAAGGGGAUGAACUUGGUGUACAAACUCUACUGUGGAAGCAAAUCGCAGACCUGCGAGAAAGUCUUCAACGGGAAGGUGCCCUAUGGAACCACCCGUUUCUGCUGGUUGAAAGACCAGAUCAACCGAGAGGACGACACUCUGAGAAUAGGCUGCGAGGUCUUGGAAGCAGUCAGAGAGGUGGAGCACAUCUGCAAGCCCAUCCAGCCACCCUCCGAUGAGGAGCUCCAAGACGCUUCGCAGGCUGAGAAGGAGCAGGCCGACAAACUGGCAAAGAAACAGCUGCCUGGAUCUUUGCUGUUCCGACGGCAUGUCAACAACCGGCUCUUUGACCAAGUGAAGAACCAGGUGGACGCCAUGAGAUCCAGAAUGGUAAGGAGAGUUGAGUGGCGAGUGGAACAGGCAAGUCUUCUUCGGAAAUGCUUUCCACCUGGUGAGUCUAUUUGCAGUGCUUCCUUCAAUGCAGCUGGCAUUGAGGGCAUGCAGUUGAUUUUCUAUCCUUGCGGCUAUCACGGUGCGACUGACGGAUUUUGUUCGUUGUAUUUGUAUGCACCUGCCGGUGCCACGCUUCGGUGUAAUUUGUUUAUUGGCGACCAGAAGCGAGACGCCAAUCACAGCUUUGAGGUGGCAGGAGCAUUUGGUCGAACCAAUUUUUGCCGCUUUGAAGCCGGUUUGGAGCAGGCGACUGAUACAAUUGUGGUAGCUCUGGAAGUAGAUGAGGCGCACCAGGACAUGAUCGCCACUGUGGCACAUCCCAAAGCAGUGCCUGGAGACACUAGAUCCAUCGCGCAGAUGGAUGGCUCAGUGUCCGGACCCAUCGAAAGUACAGUCAAGUUGCAACAGGCCUCAGGAAAUCUGAAGAAAAGUCCAUUAGAGGAACGUCGUGUGUUGCCGUCUCUUUGGACUGCAAAGUCCAUGGCAGACAACAGCAAGAAAGAGGACAAAUUCCACUCCUUUGAUGAGCUCAAGACUCAGACCCGAGGACCAAGCCCAACACGUCGAGUUCGGGACGGCUCAACAUCACAGCUUAGUCCAAUGAACAUGAGCGACUUCAAGGCAUCACAGAGUGAUGACCUCACCGGUGAGCUUCAGCCUCCGCUUCCCAAGCUGAAAUCCAGCGUCUCGGAAAAGACGACCAUCUCGGACUUCCGUGGAGCUAGCGAGUGGAGUGUCAGCACUCGUGGCUCGCGUUCACGUCGCUCCCUACCCAAGAGCAACAGUCAAGUGGUUGUGUCACCGAUGUCAAGCCCAGAUAUUUAGGCAAGAGCGGCCGUUGUCUGAGUCGGGCUGGCAGUUGAUUUUUGGGAAGGGGAUGCGGCCUUGCCGAGCAAAAACCAAACUAGGAUUCCCGUUC